AUCAGCCUUUAUGCACUUGGCUUCUCUUCUUCCACGCACUCCGAGUAGACGCUUUUCGCCUCUUCCACUCUUUUCCCUUCCCUUUAUAUCUGUUAACACUCCCAAGAUCCAGCUCCAUCAGAACAAGAGCCCACCAAGAGAUGGAAACGCUGACAGCCAUUGCCACUCUCCGCCCACUUCCCACCAAAUUCAAGAGACCAACUCCUCCCCAUCCCUCAGGAACACUCAUCACAACUCCCUCUUUGCUCGGAAGAAGUACAAGGCCUCUUCCUCUCAUUGUUGCUGCCUCCUCUGCUACUAGGAAAGAGAAGUGGAGGAACUUAGGAGCAGUGGAGGAAGAGGAGGAGAAGGAGGAGCGUGGGGAGACGCUCCUGUACUCUGUGGCGCCUUAUCCUCUCCUGCUGGCUGCCUUGCUACCCGGAGCUGGGAUUGUGAGAUCUAUAUUUGAUCCUUUUGUCGAGCUUGUAAAGACUUGGAAUCUUCCUGAUUGGCUCGUGCACUGGGGUCAUCCAGGAAACAUGGCUGUUGUACUCUUUGCAAUGGGUGGCUAUGGAACAUAUCUGGGAUUCCGGAUAAGAUUGUCAAAGGAUGCAAGUUAUUUGUCAUACUCAAUUUUAUUGUUGAAGGACGAGAAGGCCAAGGCCAAAGAUCUGCAUCCUAAGCUCCUUGGUGGCAUGUUCUUCUUCUUUGCCCUUGGUGCCACUGGUGGAAUAACUGCUUUGCUCACUUCUAACAAACCCAUUUUUGAGAGUCCUCAUGCUGUCAGUGGUUUCAUUGGUCUUUCCCUGUUGACAGUUCAAUCCAUUUUACCAGUCCUGUUUGAGGAAAAUCCAGGAAUGAGAACUGUACAUGGCCUCCUCGGUAGCAGUAUAAUGACCCUAUUCCUUAUCCAUGCAGCGCUUGGACUUCAGCUCGGUCUUAGUUUUUAACCAUCAUGGUGUUAUGUACUAGUCAGUCUCAUGUCAAUGGUUUCCCCAUUAAUCCCAGAGCAGUGUUUGUUUCCUCAAUGGAGAUGGAUCAUUGCAUCAGUUUUGACCUCUGCCAAUAAUAAGGAUGGAGACACUGCAGAAUGGUCAGGCAUCUAUAACUAUACAACCAAAGGUCAAUGAAAACAUACACAAGUAUCUUUUAGGUAUAGCAUUGUUUUCUGUUCUCUACCUCUGUUGGUUCCCAUUUUUGUCAAUUGAUAUAUUCAAAUUUCCUAUUUGAUUCUGCAGUACUAUGAGAAUUUGUAAUUUACUUUGUAAACGGUAUCCAGCUUUACAAGAAGGUUUUUCUAUGCACUUGCACCAUUUCACUUUAA